CAGAGAGAGGAGAGAGAACUCGAGAGGAGAGAGAGAGAGAGAGAGAUAGGACUUCCUCCCCGAUUCGCAAAGUGAAGUCACUUCCCAAAAUUAGCUGAAAAAAAGUUUCAUCCGGUUAACUGUCUCUUUUUCUUUCCGCUACAACAACAAACGUGCUCAGGGGAGCGAGGGCAGGGCGCUCGCAGGGGGCACGCAGGCAGGGCCCAGGGCGCCAGGGAGGCCGCGCCGGGCUAAUCCAGAGGGGCUGCGAGGUCAGGCUGUAACCGGGUCAUGUGUGGAAUAUUGGGGGGCUCGGCUGCAGACUUGGCCAAAUGGACGGAACUAUUAAGGAGGCUCUGUCGGUGGUAAGCGACGACCAGUCCCUCUUCGACUCGGCGUACGGAGCGGCCGCCCACCUCCCCAAGGCCGACAUGACCGCCUCGGGGAGUCCUGACUAUGGGCAGACCCACAAAAUCAACCCCCUCCCGCCGCAGCAGGAGUGGAUCAACCAGCCGGUGAGAGUGAACGUCAAGCGGGAGUAUGACCACAUGAACGGGUCCAGGGAGUCUCCAGUGGACUGCAGCGUCGGCAAGUGCAGCAAGCUCAUCGGCGGGGGUGAGGCCAACCCCAUGAACUACAACAGCUACAUGGACGAGAAGAAUGGCCCUCCUCCCCCCAACAUGACCACCAACGAGCGGAGGGUCAUCGUCCCCGCAGACCCCACGCUGUGGACGCAGGAGCACGUGCGCCAGUGGCUGGAGUGGGCCAUAAAGGAGUAUGGCCUGAUGGAGGUUGACACAUCCUUUUUCCAGAACAUGGACGGCAAAGAACUAUGUAAAAUGAACAAGGAGGACUUCCUCCGCGCCACCACCCUCUACAACACGGAAGUGCUGCUGUCACACCUCAGUUACCUCAGGGAGAGUUCACUGUUGGCCUAUAAUACAACCUCCCACACGGACCAGUCCUCACGACUGAGUGUCAAAGAAGAUCCUUCCUACGACUCAGUAAGGAGAGGAGCAUGGAGCAAUAACAUGAAUUCUGGCCUCAACAAAAGUCCCCCCCUCGGAGGAACACAAACGAUAAGUAAGAACACGGAACAACGGCCCCAGCCAGAUCCAUAUCAGAUCCUGGGCCCAACCAGCAGCCGCCUAGCCAACCCUGGAAGCGGGCAGAUCCAGUUGUGGCAAUUCCUUCUGGAGCUGCUCUCCGACAGCGCCAACGCCAGCUGCAUCACCUGGGAGGGGACCAACGGGGAGUUCAAAAUGACAGACCCUGAUGAGGUGGCCAGGCGCUGGGGGGAGCGGAAAAGCAAGCCCAACAUGAAUUAUGACAAGCUGAGCCGUGCCCUGCGAUACUACUACGACAAAAACAUUAUGACCAAAGUUCACGGCAAGAGGUAUGCCUACAAAUUUGACUUCCACGGCAUUGCCCAGGCGCUGCAGCCACACCCGGCAGACCCCUCCAUGUACAAGUACCCAUCCGACAUCUCCUAUGUACCUUCCUACCACGCCCACCAGCAGAAGGUGAACUUUGUCCCUCCCCACCCGUCCUCCAUGCCUGUCACCUCUUCCAGCUUCUUUGGUGCGGCAUCACAAUACUGGACCUCCCCCACUGGUGGAAUCUACCCCAACCCCAACGUCCCCCGCCACCCUAACACCCACAUGCCUUCACACUUAAGCAACUACUACUAGAAGCUUAAUCAUUGGUGGCCUUCCCGCUGGAGCCCCAGCCCUCAUGCUUCCUGGAUACUCUGGACUCUAAAAGGACAUGUGUGGCCUUGAAGAGAACACAAAACUGGAUGUUGUUUCUUCUUGAAUACAGCCUUUGUUAUUUGUUCCUUAAAAACAAUUUUUUUUUAAAUGUUGGUAACUUUUUCCUUCCUCUACCUGAACCAACAGAUGGUUAGUUCCACAGGCCAGUAAGCCAGUUUGUAUUCUGAGUCGCCUGUCACCGUGUGAGUUUUUAGAGUGCUGGAAUGGUUGUUUCAUAGUUCUCAGAAAGAAGCUGUACCUUUUCUUUAUGUUUCUAUGACCAAAGCAGUUUCUUAUUAACACACGGGUCUCACCAUGGUAGGGCUCAGAGCAAUAGUGCACCAUGGAGUUAACCAGUGAUGUCCUGGUUGGAGACUUAGCGAAAAUAGAGGUAGGAAGCUUAUCAUCUUAUAAGCUGAUUCAGUGGAUGGCAACUGGAACACUGGUUAUAAGACCAGUGAAGUUUUCACCCAACUGGAAUUUAAAAGAAAGCUUGUGAGUAUUUAAGAAGCCAUGGGCACUGCAAAAUUCACUUCUAUGGUCAACCAGCAUUCGUGUGACCAUUCUGUCUAGUAGUCAAGAUAUGAACUAAGAAAUUUUAAUGCAAAUACAGACAUUUCUGAAAGAGAAUAACUUUUUUUUUUUUUUUAAUAAUGAUGACAGUGGAUCCCAGAACUUAGAAAAGUCAGAGGGAUUUCUAAACUCAAACAGAUUCACAAACGCUGUGCGUUUGUCAGACCGUCAGGCCAGGGUCAACCAAUCAGAAGGCAACUUACUAUAUAAAUUAUGCAGAGUUAUUUUCCUAUUAUCUCACAGUAUU